GCCCCGCCGCAACAUGGCGGCCGCCGCGGGGGCGCGGGGCUGAGGAAGCGGAAGCGGCGCCGCUGGCAGGCGGGCCGGGCGGUGUGCGGCGGCCAUGGCUGACGAGGAGGAGGACGCGCCGUUUGAAGAAGACGCGGAAGAAGCCGGCGGGGGCUUGGAUGGCGGGCAAGGCAAGAGGAAGAGGCUGUUCUCCAAAGAACUAAGGUGCAUGAUGUAUGGAUUCGGGGAUGACCAGAACCCUUACACAGAAUCAGUGGACAUUCUUGAGGACCUGGUAAUAGAGUUUAUCACAGAAAUGACACACAAGGCCAUGUCAAUUGGGCGGCAGGGACGUGUACAGGUUGAGGACAUUGUCUUUCUAAUACGCAAGGACCCCCGGAAGUUUGCCAGAGUUAAAGACCUCCUAACUAUGAAUGAAGAACUGAAACGAGCCAGAAAGGCCUUUGAUGAAGCAAACUAUGGAUCUUGAUUCUGUGCACAAGCUGUGCUGGGGCAUUACUUUGGGCACCUGCUGCCCCAAAGAAAGAAUGUCAUGUGUGUUCUUUGGAGGGGUUAUUCAGGAUGGAGGUCACUGCUGGGAUGUCUGUACUUGCUCCCAGCCUUUUCUGUGAAGUACUCAAGCAGCUGAGUGCUACCUGAUUGUAUGGGGUAUGCUUAGGUAUUUUUAUACUGUUUUAUGAAAUGAGAAAAGAGCUCUAAAGAGUCUCAUAAUGGCAGGAAGUCUGUUUGAAGUAGGACUGUGGUGAAUCAGAUAUCUAGAGGGCUAAUGAUGGGUAAUUCUCUAUGACUAUUUCAGUUAUCACUGGGUAUUCCUGUGACAGGAAACAUAGAAAAUGGAUCUUGGCUAACUGAACAAAUUCUUCAAGCCCAAACUACUAUAGCAGUUCUGCUCUUUGCUCUGUAUAUGCUCUUUGAAUAAAACAUUUUAAGCUUGUGCCCACUCCUCAUAACUAAACUUACACUGAUCAUUUCACACAAGGUGCAUAAUACAGGAGGUUUAGCAUUUAAGUGGCCAGGAAGGUUAUUUUUCCUUCUGUCCCAGUGGGCACAGCUUUUUUUGUUUUCUACCAGUGUUAAGCUUAGGAAAUUGAAGUUAACCUAUUCCAGAUUUACUUGCACUUGCAGCCUCUGUUACACCUGGUAGGCAAGUCAUCCACAAUAAAGCAGAUUCCCAUUCUUCA